AAGCUAGCAGCAAGGAUUAAAAAAGAAAUAAUAUAAAUACCGUAAAAUAUCUCUUAAGGGUUAUCGCCGGCGCUCUUGUCAACUUAUCCAUGGACGAAAUCGCCAACAAGGGGCUUGAAGUGAAGCGUAGUCGAAAAAUCCGUGACAGUGACAUUGAGAGGAUUAGCGUUACGGGAUAUGACAUUGAGCUUCCUCGUGAACAUGUCGAGAGUGAGUUGAACAAACUUUUCUCUUCAUGUGGAGAGAUCACGGAUGUUCAUAUUCCCGAAACUCGCAAUUCUUCUCUCUGGAGUCAUGCUUUUAUUUAUUUUGUGGGACAAGGCACAGCAGACAAGGCCUUGCAACUCAAUGGAAGUGACAUGGGAGGAUGGACUGUCCAUGCUGAGGCCUAUCCCUUUCUUUCGAAAAAAGACAAUUGCGUUGAGUUAGAGGUUCAAGGAUACGACACUCGCUUAGUGAGUCUGAUAUCAAAUGCGAGUUGAGUAAACUUUUCUCUUCAUGUGGGAAGGUUGGUCAUGUCAUUAUUUGCGAUAG